CUGUCAUAAGUCUACGGUACAUAAAUUUGACUGAAUAUAGCAGCAAUAGAGAAAUUCGAUGUCUUGCUCAAGGGGAACCAAACACUUAUAAUUACUUUACGUGGGAACACCAAUCCUUCUUUAACGAACAUAUAAGAUAUUUAGACGAGACAGAUGAUGGAAUUCUUCGACUCCCAGAGAUGAACGUAUCAAAUAUUUACCAAGAUACAGGGUUUUACAUAUGCAAUGUUUCAAACGGAAUUCCUGAUUAUCGUGGAAACGUUUUUCAACUUGGUAGAGCGUACUACCUUGUAUCUACAGGCCCUCCUGUAUUUUCUGGCGACAAUAGACGAAUUCCAGAUAAUAACAAAGAAUCAAAAGUUGAAAUAAAAGUAAAAGUGUACAGUCCGUCGGAGAUAAUAUGUCACCAUAUAACAGAAAUCGGUGGUAAGUUAGUUCGAUUACAAAAUAUGGAAGUUAGAAUGAAGCAUAUACUUAUCAAGGAGAGUUUUCAUGAUGCAAUCGUGACAGUGAAUGGUAUAGAAAUUACUUUUGUGUUACAUGGACUUUAUUCGUUUGGAUGUCGUAAAUUCAAUGUAACUGUGUGCAACCGCUAUGGACAAAGCAGUGUUUAUGUCGACUUGCAACAAUACGUGAGUUAUUCAUCAGAAGAAAAAACAGUGUCCUCCCAAGGCAUCCUCAUUUUAGCAUUACUGAUACUUAUUGUAAUCCUAGUGGCUGGGAUGGGAAUAUAUUUUCGGUACCUGAAAAAGAGAUACAAACAGAGGAUGAUAACUGCAGUUAAUAUUCAAACACCUGAACGGAAUGGUGAGGAAAGCGCUCAUUAUGCAGAAAUUAUUGAAGAUGAUAACAUACGGACACCAUCGCAAGGAAAUAACAUCUCUAUUAUUUCAACGGCCGAUAGAAUGGUUGCUGCUAGUAGAAACUUAAUAUCUGUGUUCGAUGAACAUUCUUCAACAGCAUCGGAAAAUGACACCAAUGCUGCAGAAAGUUUAGACGAUGGAUAUGAGAAACCAUACACGACACUGGUGGAAAACAUUGAAGCUGAAGACAAUCAUGUUUAUCUUAUUACAAAAGAUACCCCGAAAGUUCAAAGUAUCUCCUUUUGUGCAUGCAGCUUGUGGUCAUUUCUUUGAAUUCACAGAACAAAAUUCUUCAUUGGAUGAAACAAUAAGCAACUCUAACGCAAAUGAUGGCCAAGAAAAUAUGAAACUGAAUUAUGUUGAAAACUACGAAACAGACGACGAUUUCCCACAGUCAAACGGUCAUACUAAAAAGAAUACAGUAGAAUACAUUAAUUUGUCACUGAAGCAAUAAAGUAAAGUUUAAAUGUCUGACUCAACAUAUUUUUCUGUUAAAUAAUACUUCGAAGCUUAAAUGUAUUUUUGUUUAUUUUGUCACUAUUCUCCAGUCUUAUUGUAUUUAUCGAGAGUAUGUGUAAGUUAAUCCUUUACAGUGCAACAUUAAAUGUUC